AUGAGUCGGCAUAGCAAGAAUGCCACGGCGACGACGCACUUUACGUACCGCGAGCGAGAGGCAGCUGACCACGGAACGCUCAAGCGUCGCUUUGGACGUGACUCGCAGCUCCCGUUUGGUAUGUGCUGUCUCUGCUUGGCGUCGACACACAGCCGCAGUCCCCACGUCUCGCCAGCGGGGUUUGUCUACUGCAAAGAGUGCAUUUACGCGAACUUGUUAGCGCAGAAGCGCGCGAUUCAGGAUAACGUGGCCGCCUACGCGCGCUAUGUCGAGUCGCAACAUCGGAAACAACAGGAUAAGGAGCUCGAAACCGAGCGCACGCUGCUCAAGUCCGUAUUGGACCACGCGCAAGGCGUGGCGGUUAUACCGAAACCACAGGAUAAGAAGCUCAUUGCGUAUCAAAAGCUGCAGGAAAAAGUGGACCGAGCUACAGACGACGACAAGCGCCAAGCAAUGAAGAAGACAAGUUACUGGAUUCCUGACUGUACUCCGAGUCAAGAACGUAGUGUGGACGAGCCCGAGACCAAGACGCGGGACCCAAUGAGUCCCGACCACUGGCUCAAGCUCAAGCACUUGAUGCCGGUCAAGUUUGACUGGAUCACCAAUAGUGGCGACGACCAAAAGACGCACCACGUGGUCUGUGCAGUGACCAAAAAGGAGGUUGCGCACCAUCGCGCCGUGCUGCUGCGACCGUCGGGUCAAGUGGUGCUGGAAAGCUGUGUGAAGCAGAUGGUGCUGCCGACCAUGACGUGUCCUGUCACGGGCCUCAAGCUCCGCAAGAAGGACAUUGUGCACUUGCAAGCUGGAGGCACGGGCUUUAGUGCGCAUAGCACUGUCGAGGCAAAAAAGUAUCGCCCAAGCAUGACGUAG